AUGUCCAUGAAAUUCGAGGUGCACAAGACGCAAUGCGGAUUUUUACGGGCUUUAAAUGGAAUGCCGUCGAUGUCCCAUGGGGUAUGGGACAGUUGGGUUCUGAUACCGUCGGGACGAACCGGUUCCAUUGUAGUAUGCGAAGGUGGUACAGCCGAAUUGGAAUGUCCCCAUGGUAUGGUCAUUUCAAUAGCUCUGGCAAAUUAUGGUCGAUAUUCGGCUCGGGUUUGCUACGAGAACGAGGAACUGGACGAUGUGGUACCGAUGACUCAAUGCCAUAACCCUAAGACGAUGCCGACCCUUAGGAAAAGACGGGCGAGGUUGCUAACGGCAGCGGCUCCGGCUGCGGUUGUGGCAUACGGUAGUCGCGGAUAA